GUUGAAGCAAGCGAAAGCAGACUGAAGAUGGAAGAUUCCAGUGGCAUCCCUCCAACUUCAGUGAACAGACUGAUGCAAACAAAUCUGCCACUUCUAAGUGUUCGUAACUUCAGACAGAAGAGACAAGUUCAGUCUUCCUCCUUUGUCCCUAUCAAUGGCACUAACCUGAUGUGGGUGACCUGGAACAACUCUCUUCCUAAUCAUACCGUCUCGAUUUACAAUGGCUAUACUAAUCAAGUUGAUUAUAUCUGGUGUUGAUGGAGAGGAUUUCGGAUGUCAGCCGGGACAGUGGUCAUCGCAGGAGGAAUUUUGGCUACAGUCAUCUUACUGACGAUCGUCGCUGUGCUGUGUUUAUGUAGGUUGCAGUAUUACUGCUGUAAGAGGGAGGAGUCUGAGAAGGGGGAAGAGGAGGAACCUGAGCUCGCCACCAUGUCGCCAUCUCGCCCCCUGGCUCUGUCGGCUCCUCCUACGCCUCCGACGCCAGAGCAAUACAGUGACGAGCCCGAGAUGUACCCUCCCACUUUCCUCACUGAAGCCAACGGCCCCGUCAGCUACUCACCUCCGCCUCCGCCGCCACGCAGGUGCUAUCGCUCGCAUGCCUUCUGCCCUUCCUGUGCCCGCUGCUCACUACCCUUCUACUUGCAGCACCCAGAGAGGCUGUGCAAUGGCGGUCGCAGGAUCAGCUACAGGACUGUGCAGCAGCAGGACAUGGAGUUGCCCAUGGACUUGGCCAGCUUCUACCAGAAGCUGAACCUCAUCCGCCAAGUCACCAUGAAGGAAGUAGUCACCCACAGCGUCAGCACCGACGUUUAGGAAAGCAGCACCGCUGAUUUAAACGAUUCGAUACACAUUCAAUUAUUUCAGCACUUUGCUGUCAGUGUUAAACUGAUAAAUGGCUUUUAGACCAAACGUCAGGGCAGCGAUGAUGGAAAUUCUGCAAUGCUAAAUGCAUCAUCGAAACACACGAAGGGACUAAUUUCAUAAACUGCUCCUUUUAUUUGCUGAAUAGCUAGGUAAGUAGCUACUUAACAUAUCUGCUGUCAAAGGAUAAACAAGAAUCGACAAAAAUCAACACAGAUUUCAUUUGUUUAAAUGCACCACACCAGUGCGAACAGAGGAGGUAAGAUAAGUCUGGUUGUGUGGAUAUUAAAGCUAAUGUCAGACCAAAACCAGCAAGUAUUAUGUGAGUGUAUCAAAGCCUGCUCUCUCUGUCCCACAGAGCUCCACUGUUGUUCCUAAAAUAGUUAGAUAUCUCACUGUUGACCUCGGUGACUUGUUCUUUCAUUAGCAUGAAUGCAAACAUUGUAGCAUACAUAGGCCUAGCCCCGCACACACUGUCCCGCUGUCACAAAAAACCACUGAAGCACCAAAUGUAGAUUAAUCUGUCACUGAAAAUAGUCCCCAGCUAUUGGUCUGUUAAAUCCAAUGACUGAGGAAAUAAUCUUUUCAACAGAGAGUAUUUAUUUGUAUGUAAGCUGUUUUUCAACUCUUACACACUUAGUUUAACUUCAGGUAAAAGCUCAUAACUGCACAGACACGGUCUCUUCCUUUGAAAGAGUGAUCGGGUGUUGAGACCAAGCGCACGGAAAAGUUUUCACGCAGCGAUUAAAUAGAUUCAUGCCAUAAGAGGCCAUGUGUUCAAAAAAAAUGUAAUUUUUAACAAAAACAUAUGCGUCACACAGAGUUGAGAUUGAGCACUGAAAAUCAGAAACAAAAGACAUGCUUUUACAAGCUGUAAUCAGAACAGCGCAGUUUCAUAAAAAUCAAAAAGUCUACCCAGUAUUGAUUUGGGCUCAUAUUCAAGUGUAUCUCCUUGUGCACCUGUGGACUGGUUUCAUCCUGGCUUCUAUUGUUUUUCAUGCAGUGUAUGCUGGAUCUCCUUCACUGUGCGAAAAUGUUGAUCUUAAGAGUUCAUUUUAUUUUGGUGGUAAAAAUUCCAGUGAGGCAAAUUUGGUGAGGAGUUUUCAAUGCACUCUGCACUCUGAGCGGACACAUCACGGCACAUAAAACCACACCACAGACCCUCUGACUGGUCUCCCUCAGACUCCCCAUGUUGAAUUCAUGAACUCGUGAUUAAUAAACUGAGCAAUUCUGCCUUUGAGCAGCUUCUUGGUCAUCACCAAGUGCUGACUGCCUUCUUGUGAAAUUUGGGUCGGUUUUAAACAAAAGAUGUUUGACCUCUGCCAAAGUUUAAGGUCACAGUGUAAAUACCCAAAAUGAGAUUUCCGUGACAUGGUCUAAAAAUCGCAGCUAUUCGGACGUGCCUGAGGAGGUGAUUAUGAAUGGGAGACUGGCUAGAUUGAUCACACCUUGUAUAAAGAGACAGAAUUUAAAAAAACAGAAUGUGCAGAGGAGGAGAAGAGGAUGACCAC